CAGAUUGCAGACUAAAAUUGAACGAACAACAUAUUUCACCACCACGUGAGUGAAUAGAUCGUAGAUAAAAACUGCAAGGAAUUUGUUGCUCUUCACAAUGGACAUUCCAGAAUUUCGGUAGGACACACAAAUGCAAGUCUACAGCCGGAGCGGUUGGUUGCACCCAAGUUUUCCUGUCAUGUGUGUGUGUAUAAUAUAUUCACACACAGACAAUAGAGAAAUAGAGAAAAAGUAAAAAAGACGGGAGCUGCUCAUCGUUCAUCGUUAGUUGGUGCGGAUCGUUUGAAAUACAGUAGCUCAAACUGACUACGCUCCCGGCCGUGUGUGUGUUUUAUUUUCCAUCUCCGUUAUUAUUGCAAUUGGCAUCGAGUGCGCGUCGUGUCUGUUUUUUGUUAAGUGCUUUGGGGAUGAUUAGGUGUCGAGUGUUGUGUGUUCAAAACGGUUGGCGGGAAACAAUAUCAGAAAUUUCCGUGUCGCUGUCGUGUUUGCAUGACGCUCGUGUCGUUUUGUAGGUCACCUGCAGAGACUAGAACAUUCGAGGCGUAUCCUUUUUGUCUUUUUCAAACCAAACAAACAAAACAAGAGAGGACUCCCGGGGUCGUCGUCGUCGUCGUGUUUUCAGACUUUGAACCAAUUUCUUUUGCUGCGUGAAUCUGUCGCCGAGGAAACGGGAGUGCGCCAACCAACUGGAAAAGCCGCCACAGUGCAUGUCGGGUGAACCAGCGACUGUACACCUUUAUUGAGUGCUGGCUGGCUGGCUGGCCCCCUCCGGUGGGAGGUCUAAACGGGAUGGCCACCACCACUACCCGCUACUUCACCUAACGGCGCCAUUCGUCGGAUGGCUCGCUCCCUCUAGCCCCACGUCUACGCAUAUGUUUUGUGUCCAUCAUAAGAGCUCGACCUGCGUCGAGGUAAAAGCUAAAAGAAGAUUGGCGUCAUUAUCUCAUUGGCGAAACUUUUAUUUUCCGUUUUAUUUUUUUUGGGUUGUGGAGCCGGCCAAGGUGGACGGACGGACAAGGUGGGCAGCCAUUUUUUGAAACCCCACUCCCCGCUGUGUGUGUGUGUGUGUGAGAGAGUCCCAGCCACCAGGACAGUAGUAAAUACGUGGCGUUACGCGAGAUCAUGGGCUGCGCUGACAGCAAAAGCGCCGGACUAGCCAACCCGAUCACUACCGUCGCCGCGGCCAGCAACGGCCAGCAACAGCAUCAGCCCAGCAGCAGAGAUCAUUCCAACUUUCAAACCAACGUCGAAGAUUCAGCCGCCGGGCACUGUUGCUUAGCCGACGAAGAAGACGCAGCUGUCAAGAUCCAGGCCUUCUACAGGGGCUACCAGACACGUCGUGAUUUGGCAGACAAAAAGGAGAAGGAACUUUACGGUCCGGGUGGUAAACCGGGCAAAAAAAAGAAGGGAACUUAUCCGAAACCUCAGGCACCGACAGCACCACCACCACCACCACCUCAGCAGCAGCCGGCAGCAGCAGCAGCGGAUUUGCAACAACAACCAAUUACUUUGACGUAAAAACAACACUUCCGCCAAUCAAUAAAAAUGGAUUUGGACGCAAUGGAUCCCGCUGAACUCGAGCAAGAUUUGG